AGCACUUUCACUUUCAGGCUAGCCUCUGUCUGAGCUCACACAGACAGACUGCCCAGAGGGCGAGAGAGAGAUAGCGGGUCUGUUUCCCCCACUCUGUCCAUUAGCCAAUUUAAAGGGUGCGCAGAGAGUGAGGUCUGUAAUAUACUGGGUCAACAGGGAAAGGGAAAGGAGAGUGAGAGAGAGAGAAGGAAAGGGAAAGGCUGCAGCUUGACAGGCUGAGAGGUCGGGAAAUCCAAAGUGAGAGCGCAGUGCAGAUUGCGUGAGAGAGAGAAGGGGGUGAGGAGAUUUGGAAAGUACCAGGGAGACAAAAGGAGGCAUUCUAAAAAAGAGGUCAACUAAGCUGGAGUCUCAACAGUAGAGGAAAAAGAAAAGACUCAGAGCUCUCGCUCUCUCUCUCUCUGUGUCACACACUUGAAGGAACCGCUGAGGAAACUUUGCCUAGUCAGACCAGAGGAUUUAUUUAAUCUGCAUGCUUAUUGCAUGCUUUCAACCACAGAAAUGGAGAAGUGGCCUUUCUCAUGAAGAUAAAAGGAUGUCACGAUCAGUUUUACUGUUGCUAUCAAUAUUGACACUCCAAGGUAGUGGAUGUGAUGACUUUUUGAGGGAGGUUGUCAAGAAUCUUCAAACCACCCUUAACUCAGACCACGCUGGAUUUCGUAAGGUGUUCCCUAAAGACUAUUGGAUUUCCCACCACUACAAUGUCAACCUGCUGUGCAACACAGAUCCGUGUUGUGUGUUCCGAGCUGCGACUGUUCUCUCUGACUCCUGGCUCCAGCUCCGCAGCCAGCUGUGGCCAGAGCACCAUAGCUUCGAAUUCAUCUCCAACCUUAUACAAGCCCUGGAUGACAGGGGUAUGACAAAAGGGAGAUUUGAGGAUCCUGACCCUUCAGUUCUUCCCUCCGUCUCCUCCUCUCCGGAGAAACUUCUCAACUUCACUUCAUCUGUUUUCUCAAAUGGCUGGAGCUGGGGUGCUCGGCCCCGGUGGACACUUGUCCUUCCCCACUCUGGCCUCUCCUGCUGGGGAGGAAGAAAGGGAGCUCUGGAAAGUAAAAAAGUGAGGUUAUUAACCACACGAGCAGUUCACAGGGAGAAUGAAGGGGAAACAGGGAUGAGGUUACACACUCCACCAACCAAUAGGACCCAACAUCCAAAGGUGGGCUCCUAUUAG